GCUUGCAGCAAAGCAAACGGCUAGUGGUGUAUUGAUUUUUCGCAUAACUGUUUGUUGCUGCAGUGUUUCAGCACAUUUACAUUGGUGAAAUGAUGGAUACGCCCGAGAUUGUGGUUAAAACUGAGAUGGACUUCGACUUCAUUGCCAAUUACACGAGCGAAGGCGACACGCAGAACUCGCACAACUCACAGGUCGAUGCAUGCAACACAAAGGCAGCGUGCUACAGUGCCGGCGUGCAACAUAUUGGCGCACAGUUGGACACAGUGCGUAGUGAACAGGCGGCUUCAGGCGCGGCAAACGUUUGUGAGAGUGAUGACGUUAGUUUAAUGAAGCUGCUGAAGCAGUUCGAUUUGGAGAUAUUAUAUACAACGCUUAAAUUGAAUGACAUCACUUUUCGCAGCUUAAAAUAUCUCACAGCGAACGACAUAGACACUGCCAUACGCCACAUCGGCUAUCGUGCUGAGUUCCGGGAAAAACUCUUCGCAUGGUGCAAAGAAAAGUUUCCGACAGCAGACAAUAGUAGCACAGCGCGGGAAGUCUCCCCUCGGCACACGGCUGCAUCCAUUAAUGCGGCAGUCAAAAAACCACCCACAUCCAUUGUCGCGCCUGCGAUUUCCAUGCAGUCACUGCAACAACUACAAACUGCGGCGAGCGGCUUGCAAGCAAUCCCAGCUAAUAUGGCAACCAAUAAUGCCAUAGCAACACUCACCGUUAUACCGAGCUACACAGCCACUACAACCACCGGCACCACCGCCGCCGCAAUAUCCACCGCAGCAACAACCGGCUCUGCCACCAUUAUCAAACGCAACAGGGCACCAGCUGAGGAUUUUCUAAGCCUGCUCCCAGGCGUAAGCAGCGCCACAGCGCGUAUGGACCAUAAUAUGCCAGCUGUUUUGCUGGAGCCGACAUUAGAUUUACGCGGCGCGUUCAGCUUCAUGCCACAAAAUGCCAAAUCACCUAAACGACACGCAAUGGCAACGAUAACUGCUGCGGCGGCGGGGCCAGUGACAACAACAACGACCGCAUCGACAGUAGCCGCAAUGACGACUAGAGCCGCGAUGAUAAAGACCAUAAAUGCCGAGGAGCAGUUUAUGAUGGCGAGUGGCAGCGGCAGUGGUGGCACCGGUGKUGGCGAUGCAAAUGGCAACAGAGCGGCAAACACAGACAUUGUUAUAGGUGUGGGUGGCGGCGGAAGUUGCAGCAUCGGCGAUGGCUAUGCGCCUAAGGGACCAUUGAUUAUGCAAUGCCCCAAAGUGGAUACCGGUAAGGUAUUGCAAAGCUCGCACAUCGGGCAGCGCAUUAAGCAGUUUUACAACAAAAACGGCUACUUGGAAAAUAGCCAGCGCAAUGAAAUCGUGCGCCUCAUUGUCUCGGAUGUAAUGCGUCAGGGGGAGUCUCUGAGCCCGAAGGAUCUGCGUGCGAUUUUAAGUGACAUCAUAACAAUAUUCCCCAAUGAACAAGCCGCAGCGGAUUACUACUUUAUUUAUCGCGGCGGUAAAGGCAACCCGCUGGGUCGGCUCUAUCAGCGCUACUCCAAUGAGAAUGUCAAGCGUCGCCGCAUGAUACGUCUCAGCGAUGAUGAGGAUUGUACGUUUGACGUUGAUAUGACACAACCGAUGAUCACCGGCAGCAGUUUAAUGGACGAUGAUGACACCAUGUCCACGUAUCCGCAAGACUUGCCCGGCCAUGUGCCACGUGUGGACGAGAUGACGGCGCUGGCCCUGAAACAACUACUGACUACGGACCAUUUUAGCUGGGAGGAAGUGUGUGAUAAAUGGAUUCAGACUUGGGCGCUGCGGCAGAAGGAAUUACAACAGAGCGGUUUGGCUGAACUGCUGACCAACUGGUCAAAGCUGGCCGAUCCACGUGCGGCCGAGUUGUAUAAAAUCGAUUUUCGUCACGUCUAUCCAGAUAAGGAAAACCUACUGGUGUCCAAGUGGGAUGACUACAUGAAGAAGGUGACACCGCAAUUUGAUAAGAAGCUCCACCAUGACGACAUCAAAAAAUUAUACAAGUACUGCAAAAUGGGCAUGGCAAGUAAAGACGAAAAGGACUUCAUUUACGCCGUUGGUUUGACUGCGCUGCUGCCCUGUACGAGCCGCUUCAAGGAUCACUAUGGUAAGUUGAGCAUACGCGCCAAUCUGACUGACAGCAUUGAUGCAUUUGUGAUGCGUCUCAAUACGCUCGAAUCAUACGAAUCACGCUUGGAUCUGUAUAAUCGCAAAUAUGGACCGGUCAAUCGCACCACACACCCUUUUCUGGUGGUAAUUAUGCCCAAUGAAUGCACUAUUUCGAAAAUCUACGUUGCUUUGGAGAAUCACUUCUAUUGCAUGCAAUCAUUCUUGCAAGCGCUCGACUUGUGUUUCAAGAUUUACCACACAUGCAAUCUCAAGUACCCAACGAUGUGUGAGAAUGUGUGGACUUUCAUACAACGGUACUUUUACGAUAUGACCGUACCGUGGGAGGCACGAAAUGCCAAUUUAGUUUCAUUAAUGGUAUCGCUGACCAUGCAAAAUUAAGGGC